GUCGGCUCCCCCCCUCAAGAAUUCUCCCUACAGCUGGACACCGGGUCGUCAGAUAUUUGGCUACCGUGGGAGCGAAGCACUCAAUGCCUGAAGAAUAACGCCUGCACGAACGGUGCCUAUGACCCCGGUUCAAGCACAUCUUAUAAGAAUAUCGCCCGAGGGGAUUUCGAGAUCGCAUAUGUGGAUGGCACCGAAAUUGCGGGUGACUACAUCACUGAUGUGUUCGCGAUCGGAGAUGCCACGGUCAAGAAUAUGACAAUGGGAGUGGCGACACAGGCUACCGUCAACUGUGCUAGCUGUCCGUUCCAGGGCAUCGUUGGUGUCGGGUAUCCGGCAGGAGAGAGUAUCGCUCAUACGGACGGUCCGGAAUCAAUUUAUCCGAACUUAAUCAAUCAACUAAAGAACCAGGGGUAUAUCAGUUCUCUGGCAUACAGUCUUUGGUUGAAUGAUCUUGAAUCUGAGAUGGGGGAGAUCCUCUUCGGUGCAGUCGACACGAAUAAAUACAGUGGCAAGCUUGUCUCCUUACCGGUACAGCCCGAGUCCGAAUUUAGUGCCGGGUCCCGUAUGAGCCAUUCCCUCACCUCCUUCAACGUGGUCCUGGACAACCUCAACGUCGCCAAUGGCAACGACGUCAUUCAAUACUCCCAAAAAGACAUGGCAAUCCCGGUCAUCCUCGACAGCGGCACCACCCUCACCUACCUUCCCGAUCCGAUCGCCCGUGACAUCGCCAAAGGCGUCGGCGCCACCACCGACCCCGACUACGGCCUCGUCGUCCCCUGCUCCCUCCGCGACUCCAACGCCACCCUCAACUUUGGCUUCGGCAACCCCGGCGGCCCCGUCAUCCGCGCCGAGAUCUCGCAGUUCGUCCUCCCCUUCCCAGACGGCUACCCCGCCCCGCGCUUCCGCUCCGGCGUUGCCGCCUGCAACUGGGGCCUCCUCGGAUCCGGCAGCGACCCGAACCUCUUCGGCGAUACCUUCCUGCGCAGCGCCUACGUCGUCUACGACCUCGAGCACAACCAGGUCGCCAUCGCGCAGACGGUGUUCAACGUGACCGACUCCAACGUCGUCGAGAUCGUGAGCGGCAUCCCCGAUGUCACCUCCACCGCCAGCGGCGUCCAGGUCACCCAAACCGCGACCGGCAACAGCCCC